UCCACUAUCUGCUAAUUCUGCUCGGCUAAGUGGAGAAUGCAUCUAAUAAAACCUCAAUGAGUUCAAACUUGGACCACAGCACAAAAGUUAUACCUCGCUUGAUGGAUACUGGGAUCGGUGCUGGGUUGCGCAGUUCUUCCUGUACCUUGGAAGUACCCGUAUUAAUAAUGCUUAGCUGUGUUUAUCGCUCCACAAGACCCAUAUCCCCAAUCUCAGUUUAGUUCUAGUCCUCAGAUGCAGCGACCGGCCGACCAGGGCGCGGGGCGGAUUCGGUGUCUUUUCAGGUGUCUGCGCCGAAAGUAUCAUUGGCCAUUCGCGGCAAAUUUAUAUUCUGUCCAAAUGUUGUGAUUUGUUCGAUGCCGUACUGUCCGAAGUUUGAAGAUGGCAAGAUUUUAAUCUAUGAUGAAUCUCAAUAUACCUAGACUUCUCUAUGGAAGUAAUUUUCGUUAAAUAGUUGGCUCCCAUUCUCUCUAUUCAAGAGCACGCCGCAUUUCACAUUCCAAGUCCUGAAAAGUUCAUACAUUCUCUUAUCUAAAAAAAGAAAGUUAGUCUUGCAUAAUAGGUAAGUCUCUCUUAGAUCCUUGAAAUCUGCUUGCCAUGUUUUGCCAUUUUCGCUGAUAAAUUGUAGGCAUGAAGAACUCGUUAUCUUUAGCGGUAGCUGCCGCUGCCUUGGGUCUCGUUUCAGCUCAAAGCACAGUCUUGAACCCUGCUACAACCACGGUGGUUUCCACUUCUACACCAUCUCUUUUCCCUAACGAAGUGGUUCAAUUGACUGAUGGUGUCCUCGACACCGUUGCUUCUGCCAUUGCCAAUGAAUCUAUAUCAAAUCUUUUUGCUUUUGACACUAAUUCCACCGUCUCGAAACGAAAAACAAAAGUGUGCAAGCUUCUCCCUGGCGAUGCAUUGUGGCCUAUUACUUUGAUUUGGGAUAUUUUCGACAUCCUCCUUGGUGGAGCUCUGAUCAAAAGUACUCCUUUGGCUGCGGUCUGUUACCCAGAUUGGCCAGAAUAUGAUGCAACUAAAUGUGCAUCAGUCACAGCUGCUUGGUUAACUUCGGAACUCCAGUAAGUAGCUCAAGUCAUUUUCAAGUCUCAACGAGUGCUAACUUUGACACAGUGAGGCCGAUCCAACGUCAAUUCAAUUACCUCUCUACCAGGGUCGUAGUUGUAUGCCUCCCGGAUUUAAUUACACGGACAUUUGUGAACAAGGUGGUUAUCCGACGUAUGUCGUUAACGCCACAAAUGUAGCACAAAUUCAACUCGCUGUCAAUUUCGCAAGAAAUCUUGAUAUUUCCGUUGUCAUUAAGAAUACUGGUCACGACUUCAACGGUAAAGCAUCUGGCAAGGGUGCACUCACCAUAUGGACUCAUCAUCUCAAAGAUAAAGCUUAUUACCCCAACUUCGUAGCUGCCAACGGUUACACUGGGCCUGCUAUCAAGGUUGGUUCUGCCAUUCUGGUACACGAGGCUUAUGAAUAUGCCAAGACCUUGGGAGGAAGUGUAGUCGGCGGUGAAGCUGCCACUGUAGGAAUGGGUGGUGGUUAUAUUGCUGGCGGGGGGCACUCACCUUUGAGCAGUAUGUAUGGUAUGGGAUCCGAUCAAGUCUUGGCUAUGGAGGUUGUUCUUGCCAAUGGUAAAUUUAUCAGUUGCAAUUCUAAAACCAACUCCGACGUCUUUUGGAUGCUUCGCGGGGGCGGGGGUAGUACCAUUGGUGUCGUAACAUCUCUUACUGUCAAGUUACUCCCCAAACUCGAAACCACUACUGUUACUUUCAACUUCACCGUUGCAGACACCCCUGGCAAUGACUCUUUCUGGGGAGGUAUUCAAGCUUACAUCGACAACGCUGAAGCCUUCGUUGAUGCCGGUACUUAUGGGUAUUAUUACCUUGGAGCUAGCGCCGUUGAAAUUGGAACCGAUGUCGGUGGUAGUGAUGCUUACUACUUCCGUAUGGAAUCUUUCGUUGCACCAAACAUGACCGUUGCUCAGACCCAAGCACUUCUCAAGCCAUGGUUUGACGUCCUCGAUAGCUUGAAUAUCACUUAUACUCCUUGGUACAACCACGCCGAUAACUUGUAAGUCAUCACGAAACAUCCUUUUCUUGUCUACCACCACAAACUGAAGAUACUAACGCUCAUUUCCAGCCAUGAUGCAUGGUUUCCUUCUUUCCCCGAAGAAUAUGUCGGCACUGACGUUGUCAAAACCGCAUCUCGCCUCAUGCCUCGCUCUGUCUUUGCAGACGAUGAUCUUCGCAAUCAAACAUUCGCCGCUCACAGAUCAGCUAUUGAACAAGGCUUCUUCAUCGCCGGCUUCCACGUUUCGGGAACCGGUAUUGCAGUCAAGCCACCAACAGAUUCCGCUGUUCUGCCUGCUUGGCGUGAUGCCAUCAUGCACACCGUCGUUGGAGGUGAAUUUGAGGCCACAAGCACCUGGGCUGAAAUCGAAACCGUUACCUAUGCCGUUACAAAUUUCAUGGAUGUUUUCCGUGCCAUUGCUCCCGACUCGGGCGCCUAUAUGUCAGAAGGUGAUCUCAUUGAACCUAAUCAAACAGUCGCUUUCUACGGUACUAAUUAUGAUGAGCUGUAUGCGAUGAAGCAAAGAUAUGACCCUACAGGCGUGUUUUUCGCCCUCACCGCUAUUGGGUCCGUGGAUUGGGAAAUCCAGACGGUUGAUGCUCUUCCCAAUAGUUGGAAUACGAACGGGAGACGUUGCCCGGUUUAAGAGAUAGUGGUGGAGAUUUUGUAUAGAAACUUAAAUUGUCUGUAAAGACUAGAAGAAUACAUAGCUAAUGUUAAUAAUAUUUCAAUGAUUUCGUUCCAUCCUUCAUCGGCGGUCGAGAGUUGAAGAUUGUGUUUGCAACGAAUGGUGACUAUUUGGCAACAUUUUCCUUUUUGUGAGUUUUAUUUAGAAACCAGUAUGAAAGACAGGAAUAUAUAAGGACGAACAGUACUCAAUCGACCAAUAUCAAGCUAAGAUACCCGAAGCAUCCCUUGGUUUAAAGCUUUUGAGUAGCCAGAGCAUUAAUUGGGGUUUUCAUUUUAAGAAGGUGUAGAGGGGUUGAACAGGACAAUGUUCAAGAGGGAGGAGCCAAAGAGCCAAAGAGCUAAUGAGCCAAUGCGAGCUUGGUUCUUUAAGGGUCAAUAUUAUAAAUUAGUACAGAAUAUCGAGGAAUGAAUUUAAGAAGUUUAAUAAGCAAAUGAAAAUUACAAGCAUCUACUCAUAUAUAAUUUUUGGAUUACUUCGGGCUUGAAAUACCUAAUAUAUUAAUAGGUGAUAUUAUAUACAAUUAUUUGAUAUAAUACAGAAUAUUU